AUCGACUAGUUGAGCUUUGGAUGGCUGAAGGCUUUCUUCAACCGGAUUCCCAAAAUGAAAGAAUGAUGGAGAAAAUAGGAUAUGAGUAUUUGAGAAUUUUGCUGCAAACUUCCUUAUUGGAAGAAGUAAAAAAUGAGUGGGGAACAUGGUAUAAAAUGCAUGACCUUGUGCAUGAUUUUGCAAAAUCAAUUUUGAAUCGUAACGGUAGCAAUCAGGACCGUUACCUUGCGGUAUACUCACCCGAAAGAAUCAAUGAAAAAGCAUCAGCAUCACUUCGCACAUUAUUUCUGAAGGGUGGCAUAGCUGAUGAUAUGUUAUCAAAGUUCAAACACUUACAUGUCCUAAAAUUGUUUGGAGCAGAUGUCAAAGCGUUGCCGACCUCCAUUGGCAAACUAAUACAUUUACACUUACUUGACAUUUCAGGUUCUAGGAUUAGAACUUUGCCAGAAUCUCUUUGCAAACUUUAUAGUUUGCAAACACUGAGAAUUGGCAUGCUUGUAGACGGUUUUCCAAAGGAGAUGAGCAAUUUGAUUAGCAUGAGACAUCUUCACUAUGAUGAUGAUGAUACAGGACGUGAAAUCCAAAUGCCAUCCGGGAUUGGACGAUGGACUUGUCUUCAAACGUUAGAGUUCUUUAACAUAGGUCGUCAAGAGGAAGGUCGUGGUAUCCAAGAACUUGGAACCUUGCAAGAUCUUAGAGGCUCCUUGGAGAUCAGAAAUCUUGAAUUAGUAAAUGGCAAAGAUGAUGCUGAACUAGCGAACCUAUCUAAAAAGCCAAAUAUGUAUCGGUUGGUAUUUGAGUGGGGCAAUAGGGAUCGAGAAAGUGAUAAUUGUGAUGAAGAUGUGUUGGAAGGCCUCCAACCUCACCCAAAUUUAAAAGAGUUACAAAUUUUGAAGUUCAUGGGUGAUCAGUUUCCACAAUGGUUCAUGAAUUUGACAUUGACAUCACUGGUGGAGUUGCGGGUGGAGGAGUGCACAAGAUGCAGAAAGCUCCCUGCGCUAGGACAGCUGCCAUUCCUCAAGCGCCUCUAUCUGACUAGAUUGAAAAACACAACAUGCAUUGGGCUUUCAUUCUACAGUACAAGUGCUGAGGAGGACGGCGGAUCAGGAGGUUCAAGCACUAUUAGCAGACAAACAUUCUUUCCAGCCCUUAAAAUUCUCUGGCUUAAAGGCAUGAAAAAUUUGGAAGAGUGGAAGGACGCACACGAAAUGAUGUCAACCGCAGGUGAAGUACAUGUGAUGGAUGUGUUUCCCGUGCUGGAAAAGUUGUAUAUUUGGGGUUGCCCCCAGCUGACCACCAUUCCAACUCCAAGUCGUUUCCCAAGUCUUGAUGUAUUGGAAAUAAAAAGGAAUUGCCAUGUUUUGGUGGCAGAAAAGGUUUUGAGCAAUAUAACCAAUCUCUCGUCCCUUGACUUAAGGGGUGACUUAUGGGAUCGUGGUGGUCAAUGCAUCAAGUCUCUAAAAUUAGUGAAACGACCAGAGAGCAGCUUGAGUAUUGAUGGCUGUCACAGUCUACCCACUGCUAUGCUUGAACGACUCUGUCUUUUUCCAACUCUUCAGCAUGUAGAAUUGAUGUCUGCCCAUAAUAUAACAACACUAAGAAGAAUGAGUUGCGCCGCUUGUCUUAAGAGAUUGACAGUCACUUUUUGUGAGAAUUUACGGGAGUUGCCAGAAGAUCUUUAUCAAUUUCAAACUUUAGAGGACUUGGAGAUACAGGGUUGCUCGAGAAUUAAAUCAUUUGGACAUCCAAAUCCUAAAAAUUCAUUUGGACAGAGAGGCCUCCUUAAGUCUCUUAAGCGAUUUACUAUCGAUGAGUGCGAUGAAUUAACAAGAUUACCAGCGGAGAUGUUCGAGUCCUGUACGUCUCUCCGAAAGCUGACAUUGUUCAAGUGCCGCAGUCUGGUCUCCUUUCCCCUUGAUUUGCGACGAACCCCUUCUCUCAGAGCUUCUCGUUAUGUGGGUGUCCCAACUGGAUUGCUGAGAUGCCUAGUGGAUUUGGCCAUCUUACCAGCUUAAGGGAAGUGUCGAUUGGUCCCUUCUCAGAUUACUCAGUAAUCGAAUUUGAUUGGGCUGGAUUAGCAUCUUCAUCAACACUCCGGCACGUGUAUUUGUAUGGGAUGCGUGACACGAAAUCUCUGCCACACCAGCUUCAAUGCUUGACUACCAUCACAUCACUAUCUCUACGUUACUUCGGAGCAAUCGAGGCCUUACCAGAUUGGCUUGGGAAUUUUGCGUCUC